AUGGCUUCCAGCAGUACACAGUCUAGUUCCACAACAGAAUCAGGCGCAACGACAACUACUACUGAUGCUAGCACAACAACUGCACAAUCUACAAGCGCAGUUGAAAGUUCAACUGAAAGCACCACAACUGAAGCCAGUAUGUCUACAUCCGCAGGUACAUCAACAUCUACAAAUACGGAAUCUUCGACAGAGGGCACCACAACAGUAGAAAUGACUUCUACCAGUACACAGGCAAGCUUUACAACAGAAUCAAGCGCAACAACAACUUCUUCUACUGAUGCUGCCACAACAAAUGCACAAUCCACAAACCCAGUAGAGACUAUGACUGAAGCCGUCACAGGUGAAGCCAGUACAUCUACAUCCGCAGCGACACCAACAUCUACAAUUCCAGAAACAACUAGCACAACAGUAGAAACCAUGGGGUCGUCGACAGUGAGUAGCACAACUGCUGCAGAAAUCACUUCCACGAGUACACAGUCUAUCUCCACAACAGAAACAGGUUCGACAACAACGACAAUUGAUGCUAGCACAACCGUAUUUUUUGAAACAACAAUUAGCACGGAGCAAACUUCAUUUUCAAGUGAAGGAAUUACAAGCACUCUAUCAACAACAAGUACAACGUCACCUACAAGUUCUGCUGAAUUGCUUCCCUUUGGACUUGGAGUGGGAGAUGUACAAGGCAGAUCCGGUGACGACCUGUUGGUCGCUGUUGUUGACAACCCAAUAGGUAUCACAUGUGACUGCGUGAUAUCCAACAGAAUUUUUAUUUAUACCAAUGGAUACAUCACGCUUGACUCAAACUUUGAAAGUCCUAAUCCUGCCUCUCUGGACCCGAACAACAACCCACAGAAAAUGGUGGCUCCUUUCUGGUCAGAUAUUGACAUGAAGAGUGACUCGAAAAUCUGGUACCAAUUGUACAAUAGAUUUGAAGAUGCUGGAGCCUCAGAUGUUUCCUCUGUUUUGUCCAAAGUACAAUCAUUGGUGGUGGAAAACUUUCGAGAUAGCAGUGUGGCUGGAUCUUUCGAACCAAACACAGCACUUGUUGUCACAUGGGAAAAUGUGGUGCAAUCUCCAGCCAGAGACCAUGCUGCACAGAAUGCCACCUUUCAGCUUAUUUUUACCAGUGAUGGGGUGACAACGUACACAACCUUUCUAUUUAAGACCAUGAACUUUCUUCCACCAGAGGCUGCCAUGCUGGGGUACAAAUGUGGCAAUUCCUCUGCCAGCCUCUUCAACCACCCAGCAUCCCUCACAACAUCCAUCUACAACGAGGUCAUCAACAAUGGAGACAAUGCUAACAAUUUAAAAGGAAUGUGGGUUUACAAGCUAGACACCUGUCCCAGUUCUGCUGUAAACUACGUAGAGCGGUGUCACACCUGGAGAGUCACGACAGCCCGGGAUCAGCAGGAGUCGGUGGCCCUGGCGCACAUUCUCCUGGCCCCUUGUCCAUGCAACAUCCACCAGAUUGAGGCUGACCCACGGUUCACGACCAGCCCCGAUGAACCAGGCUGUUAUUUCAAAGUUCACUCCCCAAAUGGUUACUCCUUCACAAGGAAAUGUUGCUACAACACUGUCUCUCCUGAUGGGCCAUUGUUGGUGGACGUGGCAGGCUCGGGCUACGUGUACCUGUAUAAUCCCCUCGUUGAUCCGGCCCUUUCGUAUAGUGCUGACACUGUGCCAUACACUUGGUGUUGUGUGAAUGCAGGACUCUGUGAUGUAUUCUUCAAUCAGAGGAACUCGGACAACUGCCUGACGUAUAAACCACCGGAAAGUGGAGUAAGCUAUGGGGACCCCCAUAUCAAAACAAUAGACGGCCUGGAGUACACAUACAACGGACUCGGAGAAUUCACAAUGUUAGACAUCAGAAACGUUUCCAGCGGAUUGACAGUUUUCGAGUUGCAGUCACGUACAUUGCUAGCACAGAAUGAAACCGGAAGUGAAAUUCGCGCCUCCAUAUUUAGUGCAUUUGCUGCUAAAGCAGAAAAUAAUGCCUCCAUGCAAGUAGAGGUCAACCUUCAGAAAGACGGGAUGAUUGUAUUCUGUAAUGGAUUGGAUGUCACCAACGAGUUUUAUGCUGAUGCCAAUUUCGUAUGUUCUUCAACCAAUCAGCUGCGGCUCUCCAGAUCAAGAAACAAUCAUUCUGUGGGAGUUUUGUUCUCUUCAGAAAUCGCUUUGCAAAUAUCAUUUAGCCUUCAGAUGCUGGAUUUGAGUGUCUUCAUUCCAAAGUCUCUGUCCAAUGUCACACAAAACAGGGGACUUCUGGGAAAUAUUAAUGGAGACCUGACAGAUGAUCUAACCUUGAGAAAUGGUUCAAUUAUGCCAGACAACUCCAGUGAAAAAGAAAUAUUUCACACUUUUGGAGAAUCUUGGCGAGUAAACUGUGCAGAUUCCUUAUUUUACCAUCGAGCAGGAGAAAGCUGUGAAAUGUACCAGAACACCAGCGUUAGUCCACUGUUUUUGGAAGACUUUACCUCAGCAGAGGUCAAGGUCGCAAAUGAAACAUGUAAAGGAGAUAAGAACUGUCUCUUUGACUAUAUUGCCACCCAAAAUAUGGCUGUAGCUGAGAACACCAAACACAUCACCGAGGUCUCCAUACUGAGGCAGGAGGAAGCAGCUAACACUCCUCCCAGCAUUGUCAGUCAGCUGCGAGUCAAUGCCACCGUGGGACAGAACACAACAUUGACAGCUGUGGCUGUUGAUUCUGAUGGAGACAUGGUCACUGUGGUCAGUCCAGAUAGCAACUCCACAGGGACCAGGACCACCAACAUAUCCUACAUAUACCUCCCUACUACAGCAGACCAGCAAAUCAGUUUCUGGGCUGUGGACGUUCAGGGAUCAGCGUCUAACACACUGACAGUAACCAUCGUGAAAUGCUCGGGGUGUUCAGACCAUGGAGUCUGUGAUUUUGAUCAUCCCAAACGGACAGGAUUGGCCAACCAGUUCACCGCUCCCUGUCUGUGUGAAAUUGGAUGGGAAGGUUCUACUUGCUCAGUGGAUGUAGAUGGUUGUCAUGACAAUCCCUGUCAGCCACCUUACAUAUGCACAGAUAACUCGCCCACAGAACACAAUAACACUGGGAUAGCGUACAAGUGUAGCUCCUGCCCUGAUGGUUACGAGUACGGCAAUGAAAAGAAAUGUGUCGAUGUGGAUGAAUGUGCUAAUGGUACACAGUGUUCCCCCCGUCAGUCCUGUUCCAAUGUCCUGGGAUCCUACAGAUGUGCAUGUAACCUGGGAUAUCGAGAAGACCCAAAUCAGAAUCAAGCCUGUCUGGAUGUGAAUGAGUGUCUUGAACAAACCAGUGGUUGUCAGCAGCUUUGUAAUAACACGGAUGGAGGCUAUGAAUGUUACUGUCGAGACGGAUACAGUCUACGCUCAGACAACAAGACGUGUCUGCCAGAUACUGAGGUACCCAGCUGCACAACAUGGAAUUGCUCACAAACCUGUUUGCUGGAAUCCGGAUCCCCAAAGUGCUAUUGUAACCAAGGGUACACAUUAGGACAGAACGGAAAAACUUGUAAUGAUAUAAAUGAGUGCACAGAUGUUAGUGGUAAGAAAUGUCCCCAGAUCUGUACCAACACGGCGGGGGGAUAUACCUGUAGUUGCCUCCCAGGCUUCCAGCUGAAGGGGGACCAGAAAUCAUGCACAGCAUGUGAUUCUGUUCACUGGGGUGUGAACUGUAACCAAACAUGUGACUGUACCCAGAAUUCCCUGUCCUGUGAUUCCAUAUUUGGCUGCCGUUGUAAGGCAGGAUGGACAGGUACCCACUGCGAGGUCAACGUCAAUGAGUGCCAGGAUGGAGGUCCGUGUAAGGCACUGGAGAAUUGUGUGGACACCCAGGGGUCGUAUGUUUGUCAAUGUAAGGAUGGAUACCAGAGGAACGAUGCAACAGGGGAAUGCAAAAACAUCGACGAGUGUGCUGCCUCUCUCUAUAACUGUACAGUAUUGGAAGUGUGUGUUGACACGCUAGGAAGUUACAGAUGUGAUUGUAAAUCUGGAUAUCAAAGGGAGACAAAUGGACAAUGCCAAGACGUGAACGAAUGUGAGUUACAGAUUGAUCUGUGUACUCAUCACUGUAUCAACACAGAGGGCAGCUAUAACUGUAGGUGUAACAUUGGGUACACCCUACAGGAUGACAGAAGAAUCUGUAACAAGUCCUCCAAUCCCUGUGAAGGUUCCCCCAUUACAUGUGACAGCAGUAAUGGCGGAUGUACACUGAACGACUCUGAAAAACCAGAAUGUUUCUGUAACCAGGGCUUCCAGUUCAAUUCCACCACUACAACAUGCAAAGACAUUGACGAGUGUGCUGGGUCCACACAUGGCUGCUCAGACACCUGUAACAACACAGCGGGGGGAUUCUUCUGCUCCUGUCCCACAGCCUCCGGCCUCCUGGCAGACAGCAAAACUUGUCAGAGCUGUAAUGAGACAGACAGAUGGGGAACCAGUUGUGAGAACCAGUGUAGCUGUGGAAUCGGAGCUUCGUACUGUGACUCUCUGAGGGGCUGCGUCUGUAACCCAGGCUGGAGCGGUACACUGUGUUCUACAGAUAUAAACGAGUGUAGUAACACCUCUACCAAUGACUGUGGAGAGAACUCGCAGUGUGUCAACCGAGAGCCAUCCUAUGUGUGUCUGUGUGACUCGGGAUAUACCAGGGCCUCAGCUAGUCGAAGUGGACCGUGUACAGAUAUUAAUGAAUGUGAAACAAACCAACACGACUGUUCACAACGCUGUCACAACCUCCCUGGUAGUUUCCGCUGCGCCUGCAGUGAUGGAUUCCAACUUCAAGAUGACAACAAAACAUGCACGAGUGUGGAUGAGUGUAAAUUGCAGACCAGUGACUGCCAACAAAUCUGUGUGGACACAGUCGGAAGCUACCACUGUCAGUGCUAUCCAGGAUUCUCUCUGGCCAAUGACCUGAGAACCUGUAUCAAAGAUCCUGCUUAUGAUCCCUGUAAUGCCACUGGCCAGUCGCUGGAUUGCCUCUAUGCCUGUAGGAUUACUGAUGGAAUCCCUGAAUGUUACUGCGAUUCUAAUUCAAGGCUUGAUCCCAGUGACAACAAAACUUGUAUUGCUUUGGACAAUAAGAUCCUGGUCAACUUGACCACCGAUUUUCCAUUCCAAAACGACCUGUCCUACCCGCCAAGCAUUACAUACAAAAACACCAAAAAGGACUUUGAGGACUCAUUGAAGGAUGUAUUCAGAAUGACUCCUGGUUUAGAAAGUGCCAUACCUGUAGUAACUAAAUUUAGGACCGGUGCAGUGCAGUCAAGGGACACAACAGUUGAGUUCUACCUACUGCUCAAUCGUGACAAAACGGCAGAAGAUGUCGCCAAUGUCAGCUCAACUUUAGUGAAUCUACGUCAGACGAAAAUCAUUGUGUCAACUUCUCCAUACAGUCUGCUACAGGAACCCAGUGUAGGACCUAGUCAAGAGCCAGCUGUCUGUAUCCAGUGUCCACUAUCGUGUUAUAUCUAUAAUGAAACAACUUAUCAGUGCAGGGAUCCAAUUUCAGAUGAAAACACUUUGACUAUUCAGUUGUCUUUGGAGACCACUUUUGAGUCUGCCUUCAAUGACUCACACAACUUGAGAUUUAAAGAAUACUCAGACCAGAUUUCAUCUUCAUUAAGGAAAACCCUGUCCUCCCCAAAUAUAGAAGAAAUAUAUGUCAGUGCAUUCAGGGAGCUUUCAAACAGUAAAACCCAGAUCACUGCCUUGGUGUUGAUGAAAACCAGCGUAACUGAACCAACCAUCAGGACAGCGGCUCAAGAACUUUACCAGAAAGUGGACAGUCCAAAUUGUCUGACGGUCAGCUCCAGUUGUGUCAAACUUAAAAAUCAGACUUAUAUAGGCAACAGUUCUAAUCUCGUUGCCGUUAUUUGCUACAAUUGUUCUGUCCAAGAGACGUGCGAGUUUGUGACAAACCGUUACCAGUGUGUGGAGACCCCAUCCACGACAGCCACCACCCCCACACAGACUACAGAACCCUCCAACACUGACCUGAUUUUUGGCCUGGGUCUCGGACUCCCACUGGCCCUAAUCUUAUUCCUGCUGACCUUGAUACUAAUGUGCCUCCUGUGUCGCAGAUACAAACGUAGAUCAGACACGGAGUCAGAAUUUUCAUCCGUGGAUCCAUACCACAUAAGGGAAGCAUUUGGCUCUGUGAAUUCUAAACUUUCGGGACACAAACUUCAUCAUUAUGGUGGUUUAGGAGUUGGCAUGUUUGGAGCCUCUCCGUUUGGCCAGCAGCCAAGAGAUAUUGUGGAAUCUCACAGACAACAGGAGGAUUUCGGGGAACUACCCUAUAACUAUGGGAACCAGUUUUACAGACAACAAGUGGACAACUUCAAUGACAGUUCUCAUUUCGAUCCCAGACGAGAAGACCUUCCUCCCUCUUCUAACUUUUCCUGGGACUUCCUCUUCCAUGCUUUGGAUCCUAGGGCAGAGUUUCGGAUAGAUCGCCCAACAUUUGAUGAGCAGCCCACAGCUCCAUACCAGGAGGACUUCGGAUCUGAUGCAUAAGCAUUCAACCAAAGACAUAAUACAUACUCAUGGACAAAGGUUCAUGAAAACUCAUGCAAUAAAUGUCACUGACAUUUAGAUCCUAGCAUUGGUGCUGAUAUCACAGUCAUAGAGAUCUAUUUUUAGUGCAACGAACACUUCCAUUUUGUUGGGACCUGAAUUCAGGGUACUUUGUUUAGUCUUUAUGAUGUCACAAUUAUUGUUCGAAUACGUUCGUUAUUGUUUGACGAGUCUUUAUGUAAUUUAUUGGGCUCUCAGAGUAAAUACGUGUACAUGUGUUGUUGUGUUGAUAUCAGUAGUUGUAAAUAUUUUUUUUCACUUCUGUUUAUCACAUUGUAUGUGCAUGAGAUUUCUUGAUGUGUUCAGCAUUGCAUUUGUUUUACUUGUCAACUUGCCGGCCAUUUUGCAUGGUGCCUUAGCUAUAUUUUUAAGUGUGAAAGGUUUCAUAUUAUAACAGAAUCCAGCCAUUUCUAGCCCUCUAUUUUCAUUUCUUUAUAGAGAGUUUUUAGAUGUUUCAUCUGCAAUGUGGCACUUCAUGGUCAACUCAUAGAUUCAUGUUCAUCUACAUGUAUAUGAGAGUCAAUCUAGUUUUAUAUAUAUUCAUAAAUGGGAAAUUUGAAACACACACCAGAUAUAUGCCAAAGACUUUGUGAAUCAAGUGUUUAUUCAAAUGCAAACAUAAAUAGCUGCUAUUGUAAUAUUAAAAUGCAGAGUUUAUGAAUAUACUGCUUUGAGUAGAUAGAGUAGCCAUUUUAAAAUUUGUAUAUUGCAUAUCCGUCCACUGCUGAUUAUUUUGAAUUGCACAUUUUAUUUUUUUAAAUUGAAGAGAAAAAAAACACUGAAACAAAAGACCUGCAAGAUAAAAUAUUUACUUUCAUAUUUCCCUUUUCUUUGUCACAAAACUGGAAAGGGUGAACUCUUGGAACUUCAAAAUUUGCACUUUUCAGUAUAAAAAAAGUAAUUAAUGAAUUUUUCACUCCAUCAAUAUGUAGAAUGCUUUCCAGCCCAGUCUCAGCUUGUUUUUAGUGUGCAAUAUACAAUGAGGGAACUAAUUACGUGGUAAACGAAGUAACGUUGUGUUUAUUGUUACAGAAAAUAGACGUACAUGUAUGUUUACUAUUGCCCAUUCCAUUUAUAAUGAUUUACUAUAAGUAGCCUGUGAUAGUUUAUGUUUUUUGUGUUGUAUAUAAAUUUUAUGUACAUUUAAAAACCAUGACGAAAACAGAAAUUAUGUGAUUGUUUUCAAGAUUCCUGCUUAAAAUAUCGGGUUUGCUAAUCCACAAUCAAUAUUCUAUUACUAUAUAUUUUUAUAUCAAUAUAUUUUGAAAAUAAAUAAUUUUAUGACUUCA